AUGGCCGCGCUCCGGGGGCCCCCGGCCCUCCUCCGACUUCCACGGCGGGAGAGAAGCCUCCGGGCCAGGGAGCUCCCCGGGGCUGAGCCCAACUGCGGCGGGGCCGGGCCAGGUGAGGCCCCGGUCCUGCCCGGGGCCCGUCCCCCGCCGUGCUCGGCGCUCUACGUGCGCCCGGCCGGGCUCCCCCCGCCGCCGCCCUUCCGUGUCCGGGGCCCGGGCUUCGGCUGCGGUGGGCUGGUGCCCCCCGUCGCGGUAUCGCACUGCUUGAUCAGAAGAACAUUUUUUGGGUAUCCCCUAACUAAAGCAGGUUCUGGUCUGGUCCAGCAGACUAAAGAUGUUUGUUUGAGGUUCUGCAGACCACGAAGUUCUACAACAGCUGCUGACGCAUCUGGAGAGGACCUCUUACUCAAAUGGGGCCUUUUCCUGGUCCCUCUGACCGCGUUCUGUCUCGGCACUUGGCAGGUUCAGCGGCGAAAGUGGAAAUUAGAUUUGAUUGCACAACUGGCAUCAAGAAUUACAUCAGAGCCCAUCCCUCUGACAUUAGACCCCAUGGAAUUGAGGGAAUUGGAGUACAGGCCUGUAAAGGUCCGAGGGCGUUUUGACCACUCCAAGGAACUCUAUAUUUUGCCGCGGUCACUUGUGGACCCUGAGCGAGAAGCCAGAGAAGCGGGGCGGCUGACAUCCCACCCAGAAAAUGGAGCCAAUGUCAUUACUCCUUUCUACUGCACAGAACUAGGGGUCACGAUUUUAGUCAACCGAGGAUUUGUGCCCAAAAAGAAAUUGAAACCGGAGACCAGGCUGAAGGGGCAGAUUGAAGAUGAAAUUGAUCUCACUGGGGUGGUGAGGUUAUCAGAAACCCGGAAACCUUUUGUGCCUGAAAACAACAUUGAAAAAAACCGCUGGCACUACCGUGACCUGGAGGCUAUGGCAAAGGUGACCGGCGCCGAGCCCAUCUUUAUCGAUGCAGAUUUCAGAAGCACAGUCCCAGGGGGGCCCAUCGGAGGCCAGACAAGAGUGAGCCUGAGAAACGAGCACAUGCAGUACAUCAUCACCUGGUACGGCUUAUGUGCUGCAACUUCAUUCCUGUGGUACAGAAAAUUUAUACAAAAGGUACCUCUGUGAGGGGAAGGGCUCAUCUCUUCUGCGCUAUAGUCAAGA